AUGACGGUGGGGGGCAGAGGACCACAGGAGGGGCACGGGGCAGAGGAGAGGACCAGUUGUACUGACGAGUUUCAACUGCACACCAAUGUAAACGACGGCACAGAGUUCGGCGGAUCCAUUUAUCAGAAGGUGAACGAUAAGCUGGAGACGGCCGUGAACCUGGCCUGGACCGCGGGCAACAGCAACACACGCUUCGGGAUCGCAGCCAAAUACCAGAUCGACCAAGACGCCUCCUUCUCUGCGAAGGUGAACAACUCCAGUCUGGUGGGUCUUGGCUACACUCAGACUCUCAAACCUGGUGAGUUUCUGUAACAUGUUCAGUUGAUGUCCAUACAUGGUCCACACACUGUCCACAUACUGAAAUAA